AAGGAGAUAGCUGAAAAAUUUCAUAUUCAAAUAAACCAUACAUAUAUCACUGAUUAAAAUCGUACAGCUGCACGACUAUUUCAUCCAUUAUGGUUGAAUGACACGACUGAAGUCAAAGAAUGGCCGAUUCUACGAAAGAAAUAAUCAAUGGAAUAAUUCAAGGAUUUAGAGAUAGCAUUUUAGGUAUAUUGAAAAUAUUUAGAUAUGAAGCAGCUGAUGCAAAUAUUGGUGGUGAGCAAAAGAAAGUCGAACCCAAGACAACUCUUGCACGUCGGAGAGCAGAAAAGCAAAAAUUAAAGGGAAACUUGGAGAAUAAAGAAACUAAAAAGGACCCCACUGUAAAGCAGAGACUUUUCCAAUGUUCUUUAUGGAAUGGAGGUGUAUUUUUGAUGAGUAUUAUAUUAUUCCACUGGGCCUUACUACCAUGUUUGCUGUGGUUUACAGAGUUGAUAUUUGCUGGAUCAGAAAACAUUCAUGUGACCUGGCUCUGGAUCAGCUCCAUCUUGUCCUGGAUUUUCGGAGCUCUCUGGAUUUUACCUUUAUUUGCCAUCAGUAAGAUUGUUAACUGCAUGUGGUUUCAGGAUAUUGCAGAUGCAGCGUACAUUAAAUCAAGGGGUCGUCCAACUCCAAUAAAUCUGAGUGUAUUGGUGGCUGAUCUACUUUUCAGUGUUUUGCUCCAGGCAUUCUUCCUAAUCCAGAGUACUUUGGCCACAUUUCUACCUAUCCCUGGGAUUGGUUAUAUGGUGGGCUUUCUUCACAUGACCCUUCUCUAUUCUCUGUAUGCGUUUGAGUACAAAUGGUUUAAUAUGGGCUGGGAGGUACACAAGCGUCUAGCCUACAUUGAGUCAUACUGGCCCUACUUCUUUGGGUUCGGUAUUCCUUUGGCCUUUUUAACGUCCAUGUCAUCCUCUGUGAUCAUAAGUGGUUGCAUUUUCUCCAUACUCUUCCCGUUGUUCAUUCUGAGUGCCAAUGAUGCAGAUGAAAAUUCACAAAUCUGCCAUUCACCAUUGAGACUUUUUGCACCAGUUGUGAUGAUAACAAAUAUUCUUUUUCGACAAUCGGUGAAAUCCAAAAGUACAUCUAUAAAUACUCAACAGACCUCAUCUCCCAGGAAACAGACACGCAUCGCUGAACCACCAACCUAUAGAUGCCUGUCGUUCUGUGAGGAACAUAGGCCAUCAACGACCGUCCUCCAACGAACACGAUUUUGGGCUGCUCUGGCUGCAUCGUGCCAGGUCAUAUUCUGUGUCCUUAGCUCCGACUCCGAGUCACGCCUCCAGGUGUUUCUAGGUCGUCCUCGUUUUCUUUUGCCCUGUGGGCUCUCUUGGGUCGUGUUGAGUAAAAACAUGUUGAACAGAAAUCUCUUAUUUUCCCAAGUUCUCUUGGUAGCAGUUUUUGCGGCUGACCAAUCACAGAUCUGCCAAGAAACCAUAGCUUUAGGGUGUGAUUCUUACCAGCCAAUAGAAGCAGACGAGACAGUCUGUGCUACCGAUGGAUCACACUACAACAACUUUUGUGAAUUUAACAUAGCAAAGUGUAGGAAUCCUGCAUUAGAUAUUGCCUCUCUUGGGCACUGUCCAGGUAUUCAGCAGACGACAACUCAGACAGGAAGUAGUUCACCUUCUACCACACUAGACCCCUAUCAACAGAUAUUCUGCGAUAACAAGGAUUCCGUGGCCUGUCCAACCACUGUAGACCACGUGUGUGCCAGUAACGGUGUCAUCUACAAAAACAGUUGUGAGUUUGCCAAAGCCAAGUGCAGUGAUGGUAAUUUAAGCAAGCAAAAUAAUUCCUUCUGUCAUCAUACCACCACCACCCCACAGCCCACCACCCUGGACCCCACUCAACAGUUAUUCUGUGAUAACAAAGAUUUCAUUGUAUGUGGGGCCACAGGAAGUCACGUGUGUGCAAGCGAUGGUGUCCUGUAUAAGAAUGAAUGUGAGUUUGCGAAAGCAAAAUGUAGCAACGGGGCCCUCACUAUUCAGACUUCGUCGUUUUGUCAUCAUAAAUUCUGACUGGAAUAAACAAAUUUUUCAAAA